GUAAACAAUGUCAUGAACGGGUGCUCACCUGCAAUUUAAAGUUCAUAGUUAGGUCCACGUAGGUCAUUAAUUUUAUGAUAUAGCAGCUACCUUUUUGGGAGAAAAAUAAUGUAACGUGUUAAAAUGUGUACUUACUUAAUUUUUUUAAUCAUUUCUAAAGAAUGGAAAAUUCAGAAAACACAUUCUUGCAGGCUCUCCAAGCAGAGGUUAAUUUCUACAGGGAGAACCAAGUCGUCGUAGAGCAAGAAAUAAAGACACUAAUAGAUGACAAUCAAAAGCUGUCGCAACAAGUCGGAGGUCUUUUGAAAGAGAACUUACAGUACGCGCAGCAGACUCCUUUAAAUGAUCUAAGCAACGAAGUUGAGGAGCUGAAGAAGCAGGUUUCACUCGUUGCUAAGGAAAGAGACUCUUUGCAUGUAUUGUGGCAAACAGCGCAGAAAACUGUAGAUGCUUUGGAAACAGAAUUAGAAAUAUACCAAAACUACAGCGGACGAAGAAAUUACCAGAGUAAAAACGAAAAAGGAAGAGAUUUAGAACUAAAAGUGGAAACAGCUGCAGCAGAUUAUUUGGAUUUGGAAUCAAAAUACAAAAAUGUUUUAUUUGAACGAAAUUCGCUCAAAACUGCUUUGAAAGAAGACCAAAAAUUUAGAAUAGAAUGCCAAGAACAAAAUAAAAGAUUACUAACCGAACUAGAAGCUGUGAAGAAAGACUUGGAUGAGUGCAGAAUAGAGUUAUCUGCGGAAAAGAAAAGUUACGAAACAAUCAAAUCAGAACUCCAAGCAUGUCAAAAAGAGUACAAAAUUGUAAUAAAAAGAGAAGCAGAAGCAAAACUUAAGGUCGCAGAAGCACUACAACUAUUUGACGUCGUGUCAAGUCAAAAGAAUGAUGCCCAUCAAAAAAUUGCUCAAAUUACAAAAGAUCUAGAGAACCUUCGGGCGACCUUAGCAAAUAUAAAACGAGAGACGGAGGACAAAUAUAGGUCAGAACUUGAUGAAGUGAAAAACAAUUAUAACGAGAAAAUGUCGGACAUGCUGCAGCAUAUCCAAAAUUUGGACGCGGAGUUAGUUGAAAAAGGGCUGCUGCUGAAUAAGGCUCUGAGGGAAACCAAGAUAUUACAGACUGAAAUUAAAAAUGAGAGGGAGGAACGAAAGGAAAACCUUAAAGCAAUAGAUCCAAAAUUAGCUUUAGCUGAACAAAGAGCUGAAACUUUAUUUCAAGAAUUGGUAGCUUCGGAGCGACGUAAUAUUCAACUGAUAUGUGAAAAACAAAGUAUAGCAUUGGAUCUGCAAAAGACAUUAGACAACUACACGAGGGAGUGUAAGCGUCGGGACUGGGAGGAAACUCUUCUGAAGACACAAUGUCAGGAUCUCAAAUUACAAGUAGAUCAUCUACAAAAAUCAUUGGACGAAACACACGACAUGAUUAAUAAAUUACAAGUAAUGCUUUCAUCAAAAACAGAUUUAAGCGAGAAAAUGGUUUUCACCAGAGAAGAGGAGGUGUCAGAACUAAAUAAGCAUUUAGAGCAGCAAAUUGAGCUCAAUAAAAGAUGGAAAGAGUCUUAUCUUGAAAUGACUGUCAAAUUGAAGCAAGAAUUAGAAUCAAUCCUUAUAGAAAAUAGAGAGCUCCGACAGCAAUUAAAUUUACCAAGGAGUAAAGAAAUUGGUUUAGCUAGUGUUUAAAAAGUGCAAUAUUUAUUUGUUA